AUGUAGAUUGAUUACAAUUACUUGGAAGUAAAUUUAUUAAGGUAACAAAUAUAAGGAUGAGGAUGUGAAUGUGAAAGAAUAUUUGAAUGAUCUUCUCUCACAGAAAAUUGAGAAGAUGUCUACAAUAGAGGAAGCUGAUCUAAUUCUGGAUACCCUAAUGAAGACAAUUGAGGAUUUGGAUGGUUAGAUAGAGAUGAAGAAGAAAAAAGUAAAUAAAGAAUUGGAGACAGCUUUAGCAAUAAGUGAGAUCAAUUUAGGAAAGAAGACAACCGAAAAAUAAGAAAUUGCUGAUGAAUUAAAAUAACUUAAAGAAGAAUAUCAAAAGAUAAAGACAUAAAUAAAAUGA